GUUGUUAAUAAACAGAAAUGAACGGCGGAGUUAGACCAAUAAGGAAACGGAAUCCUAGAGAUGCUGCAAACUUAUUGUCGCACCUUUUCAUUGGAUAUAUUUAUAAAACUAUCGGGAAAGGUGUACGUAAAGACCUGGAGGAUAGUGAUGUUUACGAGGUAAUUAGAGGUUGCGAGUCAAAGACGUUAGGCGAUCGUCUGGAAAAGGAAUGGAGGAAGGAAGUGUCCAAAAAAAAACCCUCUCUUCUAAAAGCAAUACUGAGGAUACACGGCUUGAUGUAUAUCUGUCUCGGUGUUAGUAUUUUUGUAUACGAAACGACGUUGGUUACCAUUUUAGAGCCAAUUUUAAUGGGAAAAGUAACAUCUUACUUUGAACCAGGCACAAACAGAACUAAAUCGGAAACCACAUUGUAUACAAUCGGAUUAUGUGGAUGCUCUGUACUGCUCUGUCUUUGUAACAACCAAUUUUUGCUGGGACUUUUAACUAUGAGUUUAAAAAUACGCGUAGCAGUUACGUCGUUAAUAUACAGGAAAUGUUUGAAAUUGAACACGAAUUUCUCCGCUCAGUACAAUGCUGGAAAAGCGGUGACAUUGGUAUCGAAGGAUAUUCUACAGUUUUUUGACUCGGCAGAUUACGCCUUGAUGAUCGUGGUUGGAAUUCCUCAGUUUUGUGUCAUGAUGGUCGUUUCAUAUCUUCAAAUUGGAGUGUCCGCCAUCGCUGGAGCGUCUUUGAUUUUCUUUGUGUUACCGAUCAAUUUGUAUUUGGGAAAAUUGGCCACAAGUUACCGACUAAAAACUGCCGGAAAAACUGACAAUAGAAUCAAAAGUACCCAAGAAAUAUUAACAGCGAUGCGCAUCAUUAAACUGUACACUUGGGAGAAGUUCUUUUCAAAGUCGCUCGACACACUGAGAAAGCGAGAAAUCAAAGACCUACGAAUUUUGCUCUACAUUAAGGCACUCGCGUCGGCCUUCGGUGAGCUGUCAUCACGUAUCGCGUUCUACAUCUGCGUAAUCACCUACAUCACUCUGGGAAACCACAUUACCGCCGAAAAGGCCUUCAUCGUCACAGGUUGCUUUGGUGCGCUGCGAUCUGUACUUACAACUUAUAUGCCAAUGGGAAUAACUCAACUGGCGGAAUUGAAGGCGUCUUUAGGACGUAUAACCAGUUUUUUAUUGCUGGAAGAAGUUCCUGAAGCAAUUUGUCGCGACGUCCGUGCAGGAGAAAUCAUCGUGAAGGAUCUUACGGUUAAACUGGCAGGAGAGACCGUUUUGGCUGCAGUUAAUGUGGAGAUUUCGAAAGGACUGACUUUGAUAAUCGGGCCGACCGGUUCCGGUAAGUCAAGCUUUCUGAAGGCCAUACUUGGAGACGUUAGUUUAUCGGAAGGAAAAGUAACUAGGAGCGGAAACGUUUCGUAUGGAUCUCAAGAGCCCUGGUUGUUUCCAGCGACGGUACGCCAAAAUAUUAUUUUCGGGGAGAAGUUUGACGAAGACAGGUUUCGGGACGUAAUCAAGGUUUGCGCGCUCGAGCGCGAUCUGGGUGCAUUUGCGAAUGGUGAUCAAACUAUAGUUACCGAUCGUGGAUUGAAUUUGAGCAAAGGGCAGAAGGCGAGAAUUAAUUUGGCACGUGCCAUCUACAAAGAGGCAGACAUUUACUUACUAGACGACUGUUUGUCUUCUGUUGACAAUCGUGUUGGAAAACAUAUCUUUGAUGAAUGCAUCAAAGGAUUCCUUAAAAAUUCCAUAUGCGUACUGGUUAGUAAUAGCCCACUCCGCUUGGAUGGGGACGAUGUGGUCAUGGUCUUGAGUAAUUGUCGCGUCAAAUUCUGUGACCGCUUCAGUAAUUUUGUUAAAUGGGACGAUAAGGAAGUUGACACAAACUUGAGUUACAAUACAAGUGACCCAAAGAUGGAGAUACAAACUGUUUCCAACACGAUUUCACCUGAGAAAAAUGAUGUAAGUGCCCCUGACAAUUACAGAGAAUUAAAUCGAGUUGGACAAGUAAAUAGAAGCGUAUACUUCGCUUAUUUUGCUUCUGGUGGAGGAUGGAAAAUGUUGUUGGCGGUUUUACUAUUCUUCAUUGCUGCUCAAGUUGCAAACAGCUGGUCAGAUUACUUUGUUAGCUUUUGGGUCGACAUGGAACAAGACCUUACCGGCUUUCAUUUAAAUAAUACCAUCGAUUCCGCCGAAUAUUCAGAGUUAGAAGAUGCACAUGACAAAGUGAUCAAGUCGUACUCAUUUGUGAUGCUGGGUGCAUCCAUUUUUACCGUGCUUCGUGCCGUCGUAUUUUACAUCUUCAGCUGCAAAGCAUCAAGCGCAAUUCACAGUUCGGUAAUGGCAAAUAUUUUAAGGACACGAACCUCUUUUUUUGACAACAAUCUCUCGGGAAAUGUACUGAAUCGUUUCUCUCGUGAUUUGGCGGUGAUUGACGAACAAAUGCCAGGCACACUAGAUGGAGUGUUAAACGUUAUUUUGUCAGUGCUGGGCGUAUUCUUUGUGGUUUCAUCCGUAAACCUCUACUUCAUUAUUCCAUCGCUAAUAUUUAUGGUUCUGUUGUAUUUUGCUCGCCGUUUGUAUUUGCCAACUGGUCGAAGCCUACGGCGCCUUGAGGGAGCAUCCAGAAGUCCAAUGAUCGGCUAUAUUAACGCCACCUUAGAAGGCCUGACAACAAUUCGAGCCAGUCGAGCCCAAAGAAUUUUGGAAAAGGAGUUUGAUAACCACCAAGACGUGUACAGUUCCGUUGUCUACAUGAACAUCGUAGCUUCCAGAGCGUUUGGUUUUUACGUCGAUAUGACAUGCGCCUUUUACAUAGCCGUUAUAACUCUAUCAUUUUUAUUGUUCAAAACCGAAAGUCUAGCGGGAAAAGUUGGAUUAGCCAUAUCGCAGUCAUUUAGGCUCACCAGCUUAUUACAAAAUGGAAUACGGCAAUGGGCUGAACUUGAAAGUCAAAUGACGUCCACUGAAAGAGUGCUGGAAUACAACAGUCUUAAUGUUGAAGAAGCAACUGGUAGUAAACCGGGAACUUGGCCCAGCAAAGGUACUAUCGAGUACAAAAAUGUUCAUUUGCAAUAUUCAGCCAAAGCAGAGCCAGUUUUGAAGAACGUGAAUUUUUACUUAGAAAGCAGGCAAAAAGUGGGAGUAGUGGGUCGAACUGGAGCCGGCAAGACGUCAUUGGUUUCGACGCUGUUCCGAAUGUAUGACUACGAAGGAUCGAUUUUAAUUGACGAUGUCGAUAUUAAAACUGUGGCGAUCAAGUAUCUGCGAUCCAAAAUAUCUAUAAUCCCACAAGACCCAGUGCUGUUCUCGGGCACAGUAAGAACAAAUUUAGAUCCCUACUACAAAUAUCAAGAUAAAGUCAUUUGGGAUGCUUUGGAUGAAGUCGAAAUGAAGAACUGUUUUAAAACUUUGGACGCUGAAAUUACCGAAUCUGGUACAGGAUUGAGCGUUGGUGAAAGGCAGCUGCUCUGCUUGGCUAGAGCAGUUGUUCACAACAAUAGUAUUUUAGUAUUAGAUGAAGCCACAGCAAAUCUCGAUCCUAGAACUGAUAACCUUAUUCAAAGGACGAUCAGGAGACGAUUUGGUGGAUGCACUGUCAUAACAAUAGCUCAUAGACUGAACACUGUGAUUGACUCGGAUGUGAUCAUUGUCAUGGACGGUGGAAAAAUCGUCCAAUUUGGUCCGCCAAAAGUAUUAUUAGAAGACAAGGAUAGUUUAUUCUAUUGCAUGGUUAAAGACUCCAGAAUAGAAUUCUAACUUUUCUUACUUUGUAUUCACUCAAUUGAUUUUCUACAGUAAUAUGGGACCUUUA